AUGAACAACAGAACAUUCGAGGAGAAGGAGGAUAACUAUGAGGAGAAGAAUUGCGAGGCGGAGAAUUAUGAGGAAGAGGAUUGUGAGAAGACAACGAAUAUCAUGGCGAGCGUUUGGUUCCUUACGGUUUUGUGUGCCCUUCAAUCUAUUGUCCUCACAGAUGCCACUCAAAAUGAAUACAGCGACAGAUCCGAAUCACUAUUGGCUUUCUUGAAACAUUUCAACCAUAGCAGACAUCACGUGACUAAUCCCGAAGGAAAGAAGAAAGCGCAGGAGUUCAUUCAUCAAACUUUCCAGGAUUUGGGCCUUGUCACGUGGCUUGAAAAAUUUGAACCCGAUUAUCCAAAGUACGCGACUGGAGAAAACAUAAUCGGAAUGGUCCCUGGCAAACUCGCUGGCUCGCCAGACGACAGGUUGUUUCUGAUCGGUGCUCAUUACGACACGAUGCGAACUACCUCACAUGGUACUGACGAUAAUGGCUCAGGCGUGGCUGCUAUGCUUCAGGUUGCUAAGCAGCUCGCUAAAGAUUUCUCCAGCUGUACGCGUAGUUUCAGCGUUAUCUUCGUUGCAUUUGACUUUGAAGAAUGGGAAUUUGAUUGUUCCAACCAAAACGUCAUGCCCGAAUGUGCUUGUGGCUCUAUCGACUGUGGAAGUCGCGCUUUUGUCGCAAAUUUCACCCAAUUUUACAACGGGUCCUUAAACUCAAACGGAAAGCUUCAGGGAGCGAUAAUCAUGGACACAAUAUUCAACUAUGACACUACGCCUCAUUCGCAGCUUCUCCCACUUGGAGUUGAACGUUUUCUACCAGAAAUUUACCAUCAGAUCAAAGAGGACAAAUUUCGAGGGGAUUUCCUUUCCAUGGUUGGACGACAAGUGGAUGAUGCAGCGCUUCUGAACUCAUUCUGGUAUCAUUACAGUCAAGUGAAAUCUG